UCGUCGAUCAAGAGCAGAGAAUUUUUAUUCGUGUCGAUAUGUUUGUGGUGAUCGGAUGUGAUUGCGUCCGCUGAAUAAUUUUCGAUUGCCAUCAGUGCCGUUGAGUGUCCCCGCCCGCGCGUCUAUAGUGUCGUUUUGACCAAGGUUAGAUACCUUGGUUUUGUCCGCGAUUGUGACGAGCCCCCCCGGGGGAAGCUGGCUGUGAUCCACAGUCCAGAGACAGAAGUUCUGCCAUGGGAAGUGCGAAUCGGGACCAAUCGAGUGGUGAAAAAAUCUGGUGCGGAUUAACUUGUGUUGUUGGGUGGAAGGAAAAGCAAUAAUAGUCGAUUUAUGGCCGCUGAUGGCGAUUGUGGAAUAAGUGGAUGCGUUGUAAAAAGUGAAUUUCCCCGUGCGUGAACAAAAACUGCGUGAAAAGUUGCUGCAAAGAAUCAUUACUGAAGACGAGACACGGAAAAGUCCAAAACGAUAGCCGCCUCGGCCAGUGUCGGUAAAUUCCUGUCGGCUAAGGAAAAGUGCUCAUUGAGUGGGUGUGUGUCUGUGAUCACUCUCACCCUAGCAGUGUGCGAAGAAAACUUGGCUCCACGCGCGAAAAUGGGUGUUUAAAAUUAAAUAGCGGAUGAAAUGUCACGCUGCUUGGAUGAGUGAAUCGCGAGUGUAAGAAGAAAAAAGUGCGGUUCUAAUUUUCCCUUUAAUCCAGAGAAAGAGAGAGUGUACGUUCUAAGGUGAGAUUGGGAUAGAGGUGACGUCAUCGAACGUUGGAAAGACACAUCAGAGUUCUAGUGAAUCGAAGUUUCGGAUAUUGUGCGUGACGCGAAGCAGGCGAAAGGUGAAUCAGGACCGAAAACAGGUACCGUUUUCACGUUCGUGAUUGUGUUUUGUCCGGUGUCUGUGUCCAUCAUCAGGGCAUUCUGUGUUGUUUUAUUUUGGCGGUGGUUAGUGUGUGUGUGAAAGGGAUAGAAUAGAGAGAGAGCGCGAACGAGAGCGCACGGCACCUCUGCUGGCGAGGAAGUUUUCAAACAGCUGAUAAGCAAGUGCGCCGGGCCCGGAGCAGAGCCGCUCUGCCGGAAUUGCAUGUCGAAAGGGGGUCGGCGGGUGCUGCCAGUGAGAAACGAGCGGGUUUAGGGAGGAUUCGAUUCUUCUGACCAGCGAACAGCUGUGACACACAGUAUCAGAAUGAAUCCCGCAAUCAGUGAGCAUGAGGCCGCGUCGCUGGCCGCAGAAAUGUUCGAUCAUUUCUGCGCGGCCACAACCAUGCGCCAGAUUCUCGGUUUGUACAGAAACAUGUGUGAUAUCCUGAACCUGAGGCCCGGUCCGCUGAAUGAAUUCUACCCAAAGUUCAAAGCGAAAAUCCGCAACUGGAAGGCGCAAGCGCUGUGGAAGAAGUUCGACGCCCGGGCCUCCCAUCGGGUUUACAACAAAGGUACCGCCGCUAGCGGAACCCGUGUACUAGUCAUCGGCGCAGGACCCUGCGGUCUGCGUACGGCAAUCGAAGCACAACUUCUCGGUGCUAAAGUGGUUGUGGUAGAAAAACGUGAUAGGAUUUCUAGGAAUAACGUACUACAUCUGUGGCCAUUUCUGAUCACCGAUCUCAAAGCGCUCGGAGCGAAAAAGUUCUACGGUAAGUUCUGCGCCGGUUCGAUCGAUCACAUCUCGAUCCGGCAGCUGCAGUGUAUCCUGCUGAAGGUUGCUCUGCUGUUGGGUGUCGAGGUGCACGAAGGGUUAUCCUUCAUACGAGAACUCGAACCCAAAGAUGGCUGUGGUUGGCGAGCGGCCGUAUCUCCAGAGGAUCACGCCGUGUCGCACUACGAGUUCGACGUGCUGAUCGGUGCCGACGGUAAACGUAACACUCUGGAAGGCUUCAAGCGGAAGGAGUUCCGUGGUAAACUCGCAAUCGCCAUCACUGCCAACUUUAUCAACAAGAAAACAGAAGCCGAAGCCAAGGUGGAAGAAAUCAGCGGCGUAGCGUUCAUCUUCAACCAGUCGUUCUUCAAGGAACUCUACCAAACAACCGGUAUCGAUCUGGAGAACAUCGUUUACUACAAAGACGAAACACAUUACUUCGUGAUGACCGCCAAAAAGCACAGUCUGCUAGACAAAGGUGUGAUAAUACAGGAUUACGGUGAUCCAGCAGAAUUACUGUCAUCCGCAAACGUUGACACGUCCAAGCUACUGGACUACGCACGAGAAGCGGCAAACUUCUCAACGAAAUACCAAAUGCCAAACCUCGAGUUUGCGGUCAAUCACUACGGUAAGCCGGACGUGGCGAUGUUCGACUUCACGUCGAUGUUCGCGGCAGACAACUCCUGCAAAAUCACAGUUCGCAAAAACUACCGGUUACUUUCCUGCCUCGUGGGUGACAGUCUUCUGGAACCGUUCUGGCCCACUGGAUCCGGUUGUGCCCGAGGCUUCCUGUCCAGUAUGGACGCGGCCUACGCAAUAAAACUGUUCUCCAACUCGAAAAACAGCGCUCUGGGAGUGAUCGCACAGCGCGAAUCUAUCUAUCGGUUACUGGCGCAAACGACUCCGGAGAAUCUGCACCGGGACAUCGGAGCGUACACGUUGGACCCAUCGACGCGGUAUCCCAACCUGAACAAAUCCUCCGUGAACAUGAUCCAGGUGAAACACCUGCUGGACACCGACGACCUGGCCCUGUUGGAUCAAAUGUUCCUGGACACGAACGCGCUGACGGCGGGACCGGAAGUGAUCGUAACGAAGCGGAAACGGCGAACCAACGAUACGGUACCGUUGGGUACUGUGCUGCUGCGGUGGGUCAAGUCCCAGCUCAAGGGUAACGACUUUGUGCAGGAGUUGACCGAUGCGGCGCAGUGCUUUACCAAUGGGCGGGUGUUGUGCACUCUGAUCAAUCGGUACCGGCCCGAUUUGGUGAACUUGGACGAGCUGGACGGUUGCGGCCCGGAUGAGUGCAACGAGCUGGCGAUAUCGAUCUUCGAGGAUCAUCUAGCAAUCCCGCGAAUCAUGUCCGGUCAGGAAUCGCUCACCUUAGCCGGCGUGGACUCCAAGCUGUGGCUCAACUAUCUGGAGCAGAUUUGCGAGGUGUUCCGCGGGGAAAUUCCGCACGUCAAGCACCCCAAGCUGGACUACGCGGAGUUCAAGCAGAAGCAGCAGAUCGACAGCAUGGAGGAGUUCUCCAAGCUGCGACGGUUCGCGGCCCUGAAGGCUACGGCACCGGCCGCCGUUCCGGUGAUCGUGCCUGGUCCCGGAGCCGUUGCCGGCUUAGGGCGGAAGUCAACCAACUAUCACGAAGAGGAACGCAUCAAACGGAGCCGCAGGGUGCUGGGAGCGGAAUCUAGUCCAAUGGCCUCACCACAGACCGACACGACGAAACGAGCGAAGAAACGCCGCAGCUACGAAAAGUUUGGCAACAUUGAGGAGCGAACCCGGCGCCUGCAGGAGAUCGAAGCGAACCGGCUCGAUCGGCAGACGAAGCGACGCCUGGCCCGGGCCCAGCAGACCCAAAACUUCUUCACCAGUCUUCACAUGCUGCAAGCGAACACUUUACUGCGCGAAAGUGGCGACGACAGCUCCAGUGCCUUCGAGGACUACUCGCUGUUUCUGUACCGGCAGUCGGCGCCGGAGUUCACCGAUCGCGUCAAGGAGCUGGAACGGAAGCUGCUCUAUCCCGAUCGCGAUCGCGGUCUAGCUGCGGCGUACCCGAAAGGUCUCGCCGGAGCCGAUGGCGAACAGAUUAGCGAUCGGAUCAAAUCGAUGGAGCAGCGGAUCGGAGGGAAGCAUGUUCCGAUCACCGAGAAGAAGCCGAAAGAUCUGCUGCGGGCGAUCGGCAAGAUCGACAGCAGCGAUUGGAAUGUGAAGGAGAUCGAGAAGAAAAUCGAACAAUCGAAGAAAGCGACCGACAUUGGCAAGAGCCGUGAACGAGUUCCGAAGUGGAACCGCGAGCAAUUUUUAGCUCGGCAGAACAAACUCACGCAGCAGCCGGACGAUGAAAAGUACAGGGACAUCGACAGUUCACUGAAGGCGAUCGAUCGACAGCUGAAGGAGGGCCACAAUCUCGAUCUCGGCGAGCGUGGCAAGAAUAAGGUGGCUUCCAUCGCUGGACAGCUACUCAGUACGAAGCAACAACAGCAACAGCAGCAGCAUCAACAACAACAGCAACAAUCGAGUCAGAAAUCGACAUCCAAGGCCGCGUUGGUUCUCACUUCAUCAGGCGUAGCGGAGAAGUGCCACUUCUGCAAGCAGCGCGUUUAUUUGAUGGAAAAGAUUUCCGCGGAGAACCUGACUUUACACAGAUCCUGCCUCAAGUGCCACCACUGCCAUACUAAUCUUCGGCUCGGAGGAUACGCCUUCGAUCGGGACGAUCCGGAGGGUAAGUUCUACUGUACACAGCACUUCAAGCUGCCAUCAAAAACGUACAACAAACCGGUGCCAAAGAAGUCGUUGCCUCGAACACCGCAAGCAGACAAACAGCCCCUGGCAGCCGCAGCGGCGGCAGCCUCAACUACACAGCCUUCCACGCCGGACUCCAAAUCAUCGGGCUUCAUCAACUUCGAUCUGUUGGAUCGUGGUGAAACUCCGGAGCGUAUCGAGUUCGAAAACGCCGACGAAUCCAUCUCGGACGGCGAGGUACCGAUGGAGGUCAUCGACGAAAACGAGUGGACCGAUCGGAACUUCGGCACCGAAUCGGACGAAUCGGAGGAGGAAACGUCCAGCUCGGAUGAGUCGGAGAGCGACAGCGAUUCGGACUACGAGGAAGCCGCAGGGUCUCCGCUCGGGGCGCAGACACUGCAGCUGGCGUCCGAGUGGAUCAGCGAUAAGCGGUUCAACAGCAUGGUUGACAGUGACGAUGACUUCUAUGGAUACUCUAGUGAAGAUGAUGAAGCUGAUUCGCAAACGGAAGGCGAGGAGCUGGCUCGGGCACGAGAGAUGCGGAUGCAGGAGGUAAAACUGAUGCCUCCUCCAACGCUUCCAACCGACACCGAAACUGAGGGUGCAUCCGAUUCGGAGUCGGCCUCGGAGGAGAUCAACUCGGCGACGGAGAUUUCCACCGAUUCCGAGUUCGACCACGAGCCCAGCCAUCGACUGCCGCCGCAAAUCAUCAUCAACGAUACGCACCUGCGACGACCAGCUAAAGUACAGGUAAAGCAAAUGACAAUCGAAAAUGGCGUCCGUCAGCGACGGCAGUUUGUCUACACCAAUCCGCAGCAGCGCUCGACCUCCCCCACCGAAUUGUCGUUCCGGUAUGACCGCACCGGGCGCCGGGACAUCCACCUGGAGUUCAAACCCCUGGUGGAGGUCGAUCCAACGAUCAAGCUCAGCCAGAAUCGGGCACCUCUUUCCAUUCCACGACCCGGCGACUACACGCUCAGCAAAACCGCCAGCACCGAAGGCAUCGCUUCGAAGAAGAGUUUGGAGCUGAAGAAGAAGUAUCUACUCGGAGAACCGGCGGGCGGUACCGGAGUGCUCAAAAGUGGCUCUGCGUCGGCGCUGGAUUCCAAGUUUAAGAGCUUCCAUUCGAACAUCACCGAGUGUCAGAAGUUACUCAAUCCGGCACCGGAGAUCAGCCCUACUAUGCAGACGUUCCUGCAGAAGACGGCUCCAGCUCCACCGCCGUCGUUGCUAUCACUUAGAAAAGAAGCACUGUUGUCGGGAAGUAACGACGAGAAGGAGAACGUGUACGAUGGUAAAAUGAUGGCCGGGCUUGGAAGUCAGAAGAGGUACGCCGAGACGGUUAAUGCCACUUUGGUGGAGAACAAGCUUAAUGAGAUGAAACGCGAGGAGGAAGGAAAAAGAGACGAUCGACCAAACAACAAUGAGCGAAUUAUCGAAACGAUCGAUCUGAUCACUCCGGAGAAGGAGAAGAAGGUAGAUGGCUAUCGACAGGAGGAGAAUGGGGAAAGGAAAAAUGAGGAAGAUGGGGAUAAGAUUGUGGAGAUGAGAAAUAUUUCCAACUUGAAGCAUAUGUACAUAGAUUUGACGGCGGAUUCGCCGAACUGUGAUCGGUCAUUGGUGGAAACGACAUUGAACUUCAGCAUGACUCCACCUUCGGCUAGAGGAGGUGUGAUGCAGAGUAAUGGAGAGCUCAAGAACAGCGUUCCAGAUAUUAUAAGCAAUAUAAAGAUCGAUAAGAACGAGAACACGGUUGAGGAGAUCAUGGUGGAAGAAGAGGAACGCACGAGAAGCCCAGCGCAUGAAACGUCGAUACAAGUUCCUGACAUGGCAUGGAGUCAAGACCAGGAUGAAGAGGAAUUGUGCGAAGAUGACGAGGAAGACGAUGAUGACAUCGAUUCCGACAGUAUAUCAGAUUCUUCAACGUCAAGUACUUCCAGUGUGGAAGAUAUUCCACACUUUAUUCUAGAUUCAACCACUAGUCCGGAAACGCAGCACGAUGAGCGGUUUGUGCCUCGAGUGGAGAUCCGGGACACCGCUGGAGAGUUGAUGCAAAUCGAUAGUCUAAUGAUCAUCGAUGGAAAAUACAUUGGCGAUCCGGAAGAUCUUAAACUGUUGGAGAAGCUGCCGCCGGAUACUAAAAUAGCAGCGGAAAUAUCUCAGCAGGAGAUGAAUCUUGAUAGCAUCUGCGUUGCUUUGGUUGAAGAACCCAAAGGUGAAACAACUGAAGAUGACGAUGAAGAACGUGAUCGAACUCCAACACCGCCACAACAAGUCGAAAAUUUGAUUGCGCCUAUUCCUCUUCCGGUGCAAGAACUGGAAUUGGGACAAGAUACCCCCAAGUCUGCCCCAACAACUCAACCGUCUAGUCCUACUAAUCCAAAGCCUGAGCUGAAGUUUGACUCCCGCAACGAGAACAAGCUGGAGUCGAUGAUAAACCUUCCGUUGGUGCUAGAUCGUAACGAUCAACCUGUAGAGAAACCAAGAAAUCUCAAUUUCACUAGUCGUAGAUCGCCGGAUACCGACGCCGAAAAGACUCCCCUGGCGCCCUCGCAGCUUCUGCCGCAACUGGCAAAAGCAGAGGGUUCCGAUUCGGAAACAGAACUUACAGCGCAGAACCUUACAGAAACUGAACUUUCCGAUUGGGCUGCCGACGAUGCCGUUUCGGAAAACUUCGUUGACAUUGAGUUCGCAUUGAACUCCAACAAAGGAACGAUCAAACGGAACAAACCGAAACACGGCCGAUUGCAGCAGAAGAAAUCCAUAUCCACUCCGUUGGCACCGAUUGUCGUGUCCAAGCAGACGCAGCAUCAUCAAUCUUCUGAAGAUGGCAUCAUGAAAAAUCUUGCCAUUGAAGACAUUGAAUUCAUGGACACGGGCUCGGAGGAAGAAAGCUGCAUAGAAACCUAUUCCACCACAAACAGGGCGAUGUUGAAAAAUCGAGGUUAUGUCGAAUUUGUGGAUCCGAGUGAUUCUCGAAAGCUUCCCUACACGAUCGUGGGAAGCAAUCAGAAUCAAAGCUACUCGCAAACCUCCAAGCCAGCGUUGGUGGAAGCCAUCAACAAGCAAGUGGCCGGAGUGGACUACAUCGAACAGGGUGCAUAUUUGCUCAACAGCGGUUCGGCGGACGAUUCCAAGACUCCCAUGAACGAGGAGCCUCCGACGAAGAUAACGUUUAGUGCGCUGGCCGCGCAGAACAAGGUGCUACAGAAUGCGCAACAGCAACCGGACAGUUUGAUUGACAUGGAAGAGGAUAGUUUAUUGGUGGUAACCUCAUCGCAGGGGACCGGAGAGACGACAACAGAGGAAAGUGAAGCUCCAACGAUUGUGGCGGGUGUUCUGGACCGAACCGGAACGGCUACAACUGGAAGUGGUAGCAGCGGAAGAGGUAGCGUUAGUUCUUUCAGUUCAAAACACCUGGAAGCGGAAAAGUCCUCAGGUAGUCCCGUUCGAAAGAUAUCCACGGAGUCUAGUUCGGCGGGCAAACGAAGCAGUUUGGAGAGGAACUUGCGAAAAGACUCUUUGAAGAACAAUAUCGAAGAUAUUGGGUACGAUGAGUACGUGAAGAGGUUGCAGCAUAAAAUCGCACAGAUCAGCAGUGCGAGGGAUUCAAUAGAGGUGAAAAAGAACAAACGAAAAACAUCAAAAGGCGAAAUCGGUUCAGACGAGAAGCCAACUGAAUUGAUCGAACAUACACCAGAACCGGUUGUGAAGCCUACGGUUUCCAGCAUUUACAAUGAGCAAAGUUCAAUCGAAGUGCCAAAAAGCGUGGAGAAGAAGAUUGAGGAGAUCACAAAGGAACGCGUCAAGCAGAAAGACAUCAUUCACGAUCUAGUCAUGGAUAAAUUGCAAACCAAGAAGCAACUAAAUGCUGAAAAGCGUCUUAACCGGAGUCGUAAUCGCAACAACGCUCUCGGCCAUCCACCACUUCCUCCAAGUCAGCCUCAAUCUACUGUCUAUCAACCAAUCGCACCUGAGCGGAGGAACCGACUGCUUGGCCAAGAGGUCAAUGGUGGCAUCCUCAAUCAACCUUACAGCGCGACUUCUUUAACGCAUUCAACACCGACAGCACCAACCACCCAACCAAACAAAGAGAACAUCGCUUUCAAAACUCCCGCCAACUACAUGGUCACUCCACGGAAUGCUGCCACUAGCGUGAAGAAACCCCCAGACGAAACACUUACCCUAACAGAGCAACUACGAGAAGAGGCACGGGCACGAGCGCGACUCAAAUCCAACCAAGAUCUAGGCCUAUCACCGGAAGACCGAGUUCAACUAUUGCGCAAAAAGUUCCACAUCAACUUGCGGGAACUGAACGAUCAGGAAUCGCAACUCCAACAGCAGAACAAAUCCGAUGACACCAAGUUCAACGAACGGCACCACACCAAACUGAUGACCUCCAAGAGCGUCAACGAUGUGUCGAUACUGAAAAAUCUGAGCAACGAUCCAGACUUCAUUUCGCCAACGGAUGGCACCGGCACCGGCGCCGGGUCCAUGAUGAUCGGAAGCAAGCUGAACGACUAUGUUUCCGAUCCGAAUUUGGUGCAGAGCCCAGGGCUGACCAUCACCAACGGGAGCGCAGGCGACGAGGUGCGACUUCGACUACGAAGCAAGUGCAAGGACCGCGAACGCAGGAAAAGUCUCAUCGAGAAGGUAUCGGACUUUUUCAUCAGCCGAAAGAAAGAAAACAGCGUAUCGAGCAACAAUUCGUCGCCCACCAAAGAGAACAAAAAGGGCGAACAGCAGGGCGAUGUUCUGGCGGCUCCGGCCACUAGUAGCGGCAGUUCGACGACCAGGACGGGAUCUACCUCGACGGGCGGAGGAUUUUUGAGGUUCAAAAUCUCACCGAAGCUGAAGGAUAAGUCGAAGUCGUGUUUCGAUGUGAGGAAUAUUGGGUUUGGUACCAAGGAGGGUUCUCCGUACGAACGGUGCGCCUCCGAAGAUUACCUAAAGCAGCCCCCAUCGAGUACUAGUCCGUCUGGGCGCGAAACCAUGACCAGUUCCGUCACGACGGGUUCACCGUCCUCGUCGGUCAAUGCCGCGUCAGCAGUUGCCGCCGGCAAUCGGUUCACUCCGAUCGGUCGCAAGGAAGCCGAAGAGUUGGAACCACCGCCGAUUCCGCCACUGCCACUCAACUAUCAGCGAUCCGACGACGAAAGUUGCACCACAAACGAGCCAAAGAACGAACUGAAAAAACUACGUGCAAUGACGAAGGCAUCGCGUCAAGCUGAAUUGAAAAGACUGAGAAUUGCUCAAGAGAUACAACGAGAACAGGAGGAGAUCGAGGUGAAGAUCAAGGACCUGGAGACUCGGGGCGUCGAGAUCGAGAAGGAACUGCGCGGUGAGAGCGAAUCGCUGGAGAAGAACAUCGAGAACCUCGGUGCCAACGACGAAGGUCUGGUCAAGGAGUGGCUGGAGAUCAUGCGUAACAUCACCCGUCUGAAAGUGCGCGACGAGGAGCUGACCAUACGGCAGCAGGAGCUCCAGCUGGAACACCGGCACGCGCAGCUCAAGGAGGAACUGAACAUGCGACUGUCCUGUAGCAAGCUCGACAAAAACUCGUCGGACGUUGCGGCCGAGGGGGCUAUCCUGAACGAAAUGUUGGAAAUUGUGGCCAAACGGCAAGCGCUAAGACCUUCGCUGGAUGCUGCGGCGGCGGCGGCUGCUGCGGCAGCGGCUGCCGUCGGAGUGCCCCAUUCCGUUGUCCUGCCAUCCCCGUCCACGCGGAUGACGCAAGAUUCCGAUGUAAGCACUGGUGAUGAAGAUGAUGGUGAUAAUGAUGAUGAUGGUAGUGUUAAUGAUGAUGCGAAUGUUCUUGCUAAGGAUGGUGGUGAUGAUGGUGAUAACACUUGUGUGACAGUAGACAGUGAUUUAAACACAGCAGCCAAUGUGAUCUAAAAAAGGGGUCUCGCACUCUCCACCUAUCUCACUCCCAUGGAGCAAUUGAAUGGAACUGUGUUGCACCUAAACCGACCUAAACCGACCGACAAAUCAUGGAAGAGCCCUUUGCGAGUAACUUCUCCGAUUUCCGGGUAGAUCUCUUCUGCCAACCCAACCUGUGUAGAUAUGAGAGUUAAGUGCUAAACAGUUGGCAUUGUGUACAAAGAUUGAUUCGAUAGAUGAUGGUGCAUCGCUAUGAAAAAGUGAUUCCAUUCCCUUAGGAGGACGCGUGGAAAAUCGCUGUGAGGAAAUGGGUAUUUGAAAUUUUCGAAAUUCGUUCGGAAAUUUGAUGCACAGAAGACAGGGAAUGCUAUAGUAAGCUGCCAGGGACACAGGUCAAAGACAUUGUUUUUUUGUUAUUUUUAGGAGCAAAGACGAUCGAAUUUUUGUUUGUUUUAGACUGUCAUUUCAGAUUUUCUUUAUUAUGUCGUUAUUGGAAAUGUGUUGCCGAUACUAUUAAGCUACGUUUAUUAUUAUUUGUUGACCAUCGCAUUGUAGAGAUUUGCAUGACAGGGUUUUGUUGCUUUUUACUUUCAUUACAAGUGUACGUUUUGCCUUUUUCUUUGUUUGUUGUACAAAGUGUGCAUCAGAGUUCUAAAAUACACUUUCUCAAGGAUUUUUGCUCUACUAUUUUACUGUGCAAAUAUUUUAAUCACUAUCUUUCGUUUCAUUUAAUAUGUCCUGCAAUGACUGUACAGUUAACCCAUAUUAGGUCUUUAGUUUAAUUAUUUUUUAUUUACUUUCAAUAGUCAAAUAUACAAACAGUUAACAUAUUCACACAGAUACCGACACACACACUGACACGUGAAUCAUACACAGAUAAUGUAGACUCGGAGAAAAUUGCACAGGGGCGGACGCACAGAUGGAUCUUGAAAUAAGGAUUACUAACGUAUUAUUUGAAACGUUCUCCUAAAAAUAUCUAUCAUUCAGUUAGUCACACACGACCUCCAGGUGGUAGACUUGUUACUCGAAUUACAAUUUGCACAGAAAACAACAGAUGGUCAAACACCUAUAAAAGUGAUUCACGCGACAUUGUUCAAAACGAUCUUCUUCGUCGUGUUGAACAAAUAAUGCAAACUAUACACAAUCGGUCCUACAUAGAAGAAGGUGAAACUUACAACUGACAGUUUAAUCUCUGCUAGUAGCUUCGUUCCAAAAUUCGCUAGUUAGAAUCGUAACGAUAUUUUUCUUGUGACUUUUUGCAGUAUUACGUAACUUUUAGAGGGCGCGGAAGGGGGAGAUAAAUUUUAACAAAGAAAAGGGAAAUAGUGAACCAAUUUAGCCGGUCCUAAUCGUUAUAGAUGAAGAUAAUAAUGACAAUUAACUACUAAUCCAAAUGACUGUACUGAGAGUACGAUAAAAUAAACGCAAAAGAUACGAGUUUUGAUUUUUUUGGUUUCUGAUAGAAGAUAGUAGGAAUUUAUCACGGAACGGAAUUUUCGAGAGCUCGUUGGCUCGUGUUACAGGAAACAGGAAAUUGAUGAACGAACAUGUGUUACAUUGAAAGCAAUCGCGGGAGUCAGCGUUGUAGAUAGUUUCUAACAAGCAGAACCGCUUCGAAAAGGAUCUUAUACCAUAAACGCGUUAUAUUGCAGUUUGUAUAGAAUGAUAGUGCUUUUUGACCUCGUGUUCGGAUAAAGCAACGGACGCGAAAUAGAAUAUCUAUAUUUGUACGCGUUGUGCGCAAAUAAAAUGCAAUUGCUAAUUUUCUCUACCAGACUAACCGACACAAAAUGAAAGCUAAUGUUGCUCGAAAUCCGUGCGAGGAAAUCAUAACGAACAAAUAAACAGAACAAAUAACAACAACAGAACAGUGAACACAUUAUUUUCUAAUAAAUUUUCAACAUUAAACUACUGCUAAUCGAAACAGAGAGAACAAAAUGCAAAUGUGAA